AUGGUUGCCAUCAAACUUCUCACUUUGCUCCUGCAAGGCCUCAUCGUGUACCCACAGACAGUCAUACCUGGGCUGGAUGAGGCCACACGUGAGCGCAUGCGGCAGCACCAGGAGUUCCUGAGCUGGGAGAUGAGUCGGCUGAUGGAGGAGCUGGAGCAGAGCAGCUCUGCCUGGGGAGACCUGGGCUUUUCUGCCUUGCAGCAGUGGCAGUUCUGGGCCAUUGCUGCAGUCCUGCUCCUGCUCCUGGGGCUCUGCUGGAGGCUCUGGAAAUGGAGCCGUGAGCUCAAGAGCCGCAGCAAUGAGGAGAGCUCCAGCGGCAGUAGAGUGCAGGAGGGCAAACAGGAGCUGGACGAAAAAGAGAAGCUGGAAGAGGAAGCAAGUGAAGGAGAAAAUCUUGCUAAUGAGAAGCACCUGAAAAGCACUUUUGUAGAGCGCAUCGAAUGGCCCAUGCAGAAGCUGGCUGAUGGGAGCUGUGAGGUGGAGGAGCUAGUGGGUGAACUCAUCCGUGUCUUCCAAGAGCUCUUGUCCUGCAGUUUCUUCCCACGGCUGGAGCCAGAGAUCGGGCCCCCUUCUGGGCACACCUUCCACCUGGAGCCGGGCAAGAAGGAGGGGAAGCCAGAGAGGAACUUCUGCAUCCUCGUGGAGCUGGAGUGCACCUGCACGAGGGAAGAGUGUAGGGAGAACAUGCUGUGCUUCCUCCACAGUGCCAAGGGGAAGCUGAGGAGAAAUCAGGGUCCCAGCCUUCUAGACAUUCUCUGCACCGACUCCCACCUAGAUGUGCACAGAACCACCAAAUGGUUCCAGAGGUUUGUGAGCUCAGCCUGGGGCAUGGUGCCUCAGACAUGUGCCUACAAUAUGAAGCUGCUGCCCUCCAUCUGCUCCUGCAAGCUGCAGCUGACAAAUGCCUCUGGGAGAACCCUCUUUCCAUGCCUGACCAGCCAGGCCACAGAGGACACCUUCACCCAUGGCACGAUAUGGCCAGAGAGCUAUGCUGUGGCAGAGGUGAAGUUCUUCAGGCUCAUGGCCAGUCUGGUGGGCACCGGCUUUGAUACCUACACCUUCAAGACAGUUGUGAUGCAUGUCCUGAACACCACAGCCCCAUCAGCCUGGUCCAGGAGGGAUUUCCUGUCAUGGUUGGAGGAUAUCAUGUUGAAAUACCGCUGCUGCAUGGAAUUCACAUGCCUCAACCACUUCUUCUUUGCCAGUGGGAUGGUGCCCAAGGAGAUAAUCUUGCCCCCAGACUUUCUAAUGGCCCAGCCACUCAACCUCUUUGAGUACCUGGAGCAGGAUCCGGUUGCCCAUGCCAAGGCACUAGAGGAUCUGGAGCUGAUGCAAG